AAUAUUUUGACGUGCAAAGAAGAAACUGUCAAGGAGAUUUUGUGUUUGAUUAUUAAACAAAUAGUAGAGUACAGUAUAUUAUAUUUAAAUAUUAUAUAUUUAUAUUGACUCUAAAUAAUAUACAUUAAUAUUAAUACAUCAAAAUGACCCUGGGUAAAAGGAAAGCUCCAGAAUACCCUCCCCAAGGAAUCAGAUGCCAAAAAUGUUUAGAAUAUGGCCACUGGUCGUAUGAAUGCAAAGGUAAAAGAAAAUACGUUCACAGAUCUUCAAGAACCCAAAUUCUGAAAAAAAGAAUCAAAACAAUGAAUGAUUUAACCACAACGAAUACCAAGAAUGGAAUGAAGAAAACUACAAAAGAUACAAGUAAAAAAGAUGAAAGUAGCAGCAGUGGGUCAGAUGGUAGUAGUUCUGAUUCAGACAGUUGUAGUAGCUCUGAUUCAGAUAGCUCUAGCAGUAGUGAUUCCAGUAAAAGCACUAGCAGUGAUUCUUCUCAUGGCUCUAGUUCAUAAAAUUUCAUUUUAUAUGUUUAUUUUUUCAAUACAAAUAUAUUUUUCUGUGGAUUUGUUUAAUAUAAUUAUAAA